AUGUUAAAAAAUGAAGGUUUACUUUCUGAAGAAAUGUCUCAAAAAUCCUUUAAUCAUAACUAUCAUGAAGAACGUCUUGUAGGCAAAUUUGCCUGCAAAUUGCCACAAGCGAUAUGUGAUGCGAUAUGUGAUAUGUGA